AUGGUCAGAACCGUGAAAGGAGUCCAAGGUAAAAACGAGACAGAAGUGACAGAAUUUAUCCUUCUGGGACUCUCAGACAAUCCAGACCUGCAGAACAUCCUCUUUGCAUUGUUUCUGGUGAUCUACAUGGUGACGCUUGUAGGUAAUUUGGGCAUGAUGGCACUAAUUAAGGUGGACCGCUCUCUGCACACACCUAUGUACUUCUUUCUCAGCAGCCUUUCGUUUGUCGAUGCCUCUUACUCUUCUUCUGUCACUCCUAAGAUGCUGGUAAACCUCUGGCUGAGGAUAAUGGCUGAGGAUAAGAGCAUUUCUUUCAAUGGCUGUGCUGCCCAGUUCUUCUUCUUUGGCUCCUUCUUGGGUACUGAGUGUUUCCUGCUAGCCAUGAUGGCAUACGACCGCUAUGCAGCCAUUUGGAAUCCUUUGCUGUACCCAGUUCUCAUGUCUGGGAGAAUUUGUUUUAUGUUGGUGACUACUUCAUUCCUUGCAGGCUUUGGCAAUGCAGCCAUCCACACAGGGAUGACUUUCAGAUUGUCCUUUUGUGUCUCUAAUAAAAUCAACCAUUUCUACUGUGACACCCCGCCCCUGCUCAAACUCUCUUGCUCUGACACUCACAUUAAUGGCAUCGUGAUCAUGGCUUUUUCCAGUUUCAAUGUCAUCAGCUGUGUUCUGAUUGUUCUUAUUUCUUACCUGUGCAUCCUCAUUGCCAUACUGAAGAUGCCCUCUGCAGAAGGAAGACACAAAGCGUUCUCUACCUGUGCCUCCCACCUCAUGGCUGUCACCAUCUUCUUUGGAACAAUCCUGUUCAUGUACUUGCGCCCUACCUCUAGCUACUCGAUGGAGCAAGACAAAGUUGUCUCUGUGUUUUAUACAGUAGUGAUUCCCAUGCUAAACCCUCUCAUCUACAGUUUGAAAAAUAAAGAUGUAAAAGAGGCAGUGAAGAAGAUUGUACAGAAACGUGUGCUUUGA